UUGUUUUUCAUUCAGUUAAAUAACUGCUACUGUUGUACAUUCAUUUCAUUAAAUCAACUGCACUGAGUGAAUAAACAGUUCACAAAAUGAUCAAUUUGGCUAAUAAAGUUGCUUUAAUUACUGGUUCUAGUGAUGGGAUUGGAGCUGCAACCGCUUUACUCUUCUCAUCUUUAGGUGCAAAAGUAGCCAUCGUCGGUCGUGAUCAAAUCAAACUGGAUAAAGUUGCUGCUGAAUGUGAAUCAAAGUCACCUCAUCACUACAAGCCUGUUGUUAUCAAGGCUGAUUUUGUUAGAGAUGAAGAUGUUAUUCGAACCUUCGAAGAGACCAUUUCUGCUUAUAAGACUUUGGACAUUUUGGUAAACAAUUGUGGUCUUGCUUCACAGAAAAAAUUUGGUGAACCAGAUGCUAUAUCUGAUUAUGAUCGAGUUCAGCAGAUUAAUGUUCGAGCUGUUGUUCGUCUGACUGAAUUGGCUGCUCCACACUUGAAAGAAACCAAUGGAUCUAUUGUUAAUGUUUCAAGUAUUGCAGCUAUAAGACCCAACCCAGGAUCUUGGUCUUAUUGUAUGUCAAAAGCUGCACUGGAUAUGUUUACAAAGUGUAUGGCUGGUAAACUGGCUCCUCAUGUUCGAGUGAAUUCGGUUAAUCCAGGAGGAACUCGAACAAAUUUCUUCUCGUCUCUUGCUGAUCCAGACGCCGUUCUGUCUUCUUUGGUUCAAAAAAACCCUUUGAAGCGAAUCGCUGAACCAAUUGAUAUUGCAAAUACAAUUGCAUUUCUUGCAUCUGAUGCUGCAAGAAACAUGACUGGGUCAAUUGUACUUUCCGACACUGGUUUAUUAGUUGCUGAUCCUUAUGCAAAAUAAGGCUACAUUUUUAUAAACUAAUUAAGUUAUUAACAAAACUGGUAAAAAAAUUUGUUCAAUUAUUUCUUUUCUAAUAUUGACUUCAUUUAGAAUUUGAAAUGAUAAUUUGUUCAAGGUUCGCGAAAAUUGAGUUUAAGAUUUGUUGAAAAUUGUGAUAACUGAAUAAUCAAACAGAGUACAAUAAAGAUUCCUGCAGUCUCACCUAUUGCACUGAUUUGAUCGAUAAAAUAUGAUCAAAUGCCAAGAUGUAUUAAUAAAGGCGGAAGAUUCAUUAUAAUAAAAGUUUACAUGUUUACGUAUCAAA